AUGAGUAAUUCUUUUGCUCGGGACCAUUGCAAAAUUGCAAUGGCCAAAAUUUUGCAGACCAUUGGUUGGCAUACAAUCAAUUCCACACCAUUGGAGGUCUUGACUGAUCUUCUUGUUACCCAUUUAAAGCAAAUAUGUCAGCUAACAAAUGAAUAUGCCACUGAAUUUGGAAACACAGAACCAAAUCUUGAUCAUCUGGGCCUAGCCUUUCGGGAAAUGGGAAUUAAUAUAGCAGAACUGGAUGAAUAUGUAACAUAUGUGAAUUUUUGCCCACCGGCCCAACCAGCUCCGAAAUUUCCAAUAGCCAAGGAGAAUAAUUUGAAUUUUCUAAAACCAGGUAGCCAGGAAGUUGUAACUAGGCCUGUACAUAUCCAUGAGCACAUGCCUCCCAUGUUUCCUCUUCUUGAAACAGAAUCAGAAAUAAAAGUAGAAGAAAAAGAAAUAGUAAAAGAGGAAAUAGUCAACGAUACGCCUACUCUUAGUGUUCCCCAGUUUAAGAAACCAGCAGAUGUGUCCCCUGAGUUCAGACGUUUAAAACGUGAAGAUGAGGGCGGUCGACCAACCCGAGAAAUUAGUAGUGUAAUGAUGACAACUUCCGGCUUCCUCUCACCUGCCCGCGAAGGAAAACUUCCGGAAGCCAAAGCCCCUUUACCUCCAGCACCUGUUGAGCCUCCUCCUCCUCCUCCACCGGCACCAGCUCCUCUUCCCACACCGCCUGUUGCACCUCCCCUAGAACAACCUCCCAUAGUUAAAAAGAAAUCGGAAAAACGGGAGAAAAAGAUUAAUAAGGAAUUAUUUAAAGCUAUGACUGAAGAAAAAGCUGUAAAGAAAAAUGCUAGUAUGAAAGAUGUAGUGAAGAUGAAACAGAAGGCAGCCGCUGCAGCAGCAGCUGUUAAUGCUGCUUUAAAUCCGAACUUACCUUCUCAACUGCCGUUGCCAUUUUUCCAACCUCCUCGCUUAAGCGAAAUAAAGGUUAGUCCUGUUUUACCCCAAAAGAUGGGCCGGGAUAAUCCCGAUAAAGCUCUUGCGGCUGCUAAAGCUAAAACUGAAAAAUUUAAUACCACUAUAACUCCCAUACCCAUUAAAUCGAAUCAAAAUUCACUGAUGUCAUCAAUGAGUAUUCAACAAGUAGAAAAAUUAUAUAAUGAACCUGAUAGGCAGAAAAUCAACAUUCUGAGAAAAAUAUCAAGUGUUAAAGAAAUUAAAAAAAAGGAAUCUAGGGCUGGUACUCCUAACAUGAUUAUAGAUGAAUCUACGGACAUUGUCAAUAAAAUUAAUCUUUCUAGUGAUAUCACCAUUGAACCAAUACCAAACAGAAGAAGCCCACACUACUUUGAUGAUUGUUCUCCUCCUGGUACUCCUUCUACUCCAAGAACACCGGAAAUAAUGUUACAUCAAAGUCCUCCACUACAGAAAGAAAAGAAAAAACGAAAAGAAAAUAAAAACAAAGUCAAAAGACCACGAAAGUCACAGCAUCAUCCGAUUUUCACACAAUCUGAAUUGGUAGACAUAAUUGUUAACAGACCUAAAACUCCAGAGCCACACCUGAAUCAUAUGAGACCACAAAUGCCACCUCAUAUGGGACUGCCUCAUAUGCCCUUCCCAUUUUUGCCUAAUUUUGGAGGUCCCGGUUUGAUUCCAUCCCAUUUAAAUCCUAUGUUUUCUUUUCCACAUUUAGGUGGUUUACCGAAUUUUGGAAAAAACCCUUACUUUCCCCCAGGGAUUCCUAAUUUGCCACCUCAAAUGGAAGCUAUUCCCGCCACACCACCCAAAUCAAAGGAACCAAAAGAAUUACCACCAGUUGAGAUUAAGCCUGUUGAGAUUAUCCCACAACCACCUCCUCAGCAGCCACAACAACAACAACAACCACCACCACAACAACAACCACCACAACAACAACAACAACAACCCAUACAAGUACCAGAAACCAGCUCUAGUACGUCAAUUGUACCACCGAAGACCCCUACGCCUAUGGAUAUCACGCCAAAGAAAAUUAAAGAACAUAAGAAAGAAAAGAAAGAUAAAGAUAAAAUUAAGAAGAAGAACAAAAAAGAUAAAGUUAAAGAGAAAGGCGAAAAGAAAAAACUCAAAGAACCGAAAAAAGAGGGUAAAGAAAAAGUGAAAAGGGAAAAGAAGAUAAAAAAGAAAGAUAAGGCUGAAAAAGAGGAAAAAGUAUUGGAAAAUCCAGCAAUUCCUAAAAUUCUCCUCAAAGUCAAUUCUCCCUCACCUAGACCCGAAACUCCUGAGGCAAACAGAAAAUUAAAUAUUAAACCUAUUGUUAAGAAAGAUGAUGAUAUAAUAAUAGAAGACAAAAAACGGGACCCUUCGCCGGGAGGUCUUGCGAAAUUCUCUCCACUUGUGACUGGUCCCCCUAAAACUAAAACGGCAUCCCCCCUUCCUCCAGUUGAAAAACAAGUAAUUGAGGAACCUCUAGCUCCAGCACCAGCUCCUGCUCCUCGAACUCCAGGUCGUCCACGAUUGCAUCCUCUCAAACCUAAAGUCACUCCAAAACCAAAAAAGAUAGAACAGCAAGCGUUUAAGAAGAUUGACGACCAAGGCAAUGAAGUCUGGAUUUGUCCAUCUUGCGGCCAACAAGAUGAUGGUAGACCUAUGAUUGGGUGUGACGGUUGCGAUGCAUGGUAUCAUUGGGUGUGCGUUGGCAUUCAGGUACCGCCAGAUGAAAAUGAGAACUGGUACUGUAAGCCUUGUUUAGCGCGGAAAAACGAAGAUUUGCAGAGCGAUAAGAAGAGAAAAAGGAAACGGAAAGAAAAGAAAGAGCAUUGA